GUCACCGGGAUGAACGCACAAUUGCUCUUGUGAGGCCGCAACCUUGGGGGUGCCACCAGGCUCAGAGCCCCAACAACAUAUGGCCUGGACACGAUGCACCCCAGGAGGCGCAGCCUUCCUUUCCCCCUGAACUGUCAGCUUGUGAAGGUUGGAACUGCCGAUUAUGGAGGUGGUUCGGAUCAGAGUGAUCAGCAGCUGGACUGUGCCUUGGACCUAAUGAGGCGCCUGCCUCCACAGCAAAUCGAGAAAAACCUCAGCGACCUGAUUGACCUGGUCCCCAGUCUGUGUGAAGAUCUCCUGUCUUCUGUUGACCAGCCACUGAAAAUUGCCAGAGACAAGGUGGUGGGCAAGGAUUACCUGUUGUGUGACUACAACAGAGAUGGGGACUCAUAUAGGUCACCGUGGAGUAACAAGUAUGACCCUCCUUUGGAAGACGGGGCCAUGCCGUCUGCUCGGCUGAGAAAGCUGGAGGUGGAAGCCAACAAUGCCUUUGACCAGUACCGAGACCUGUAUUUUGAAGGUGGCGUCUCCUCAGUCUACCUCUGGGACCUGGAUCAUGGCUUUGCUGGAGUCAUUCUCAUAAAGAAGGCUGGAGACGGGUCAAAGAAGAUCAAAGGCUGCUGGGACUCGAUCCACGUGGUAGAGGUGCAGGAGAAGUCCAGUGGCCGCACUGCCCAUUACAAGCUGACCUCCACCGUGAUGCUGUGGCUGCAAACUAACAAAUCGGGCUCGGGCACCAUGAACCUCGGAGGCAGCCUCACCAGACAGAUGGAGAAAGAUGAAACUGUAAGCGACUGCUCCCCACACAUAGCCAAUAUCGGGCGCCUGGUAGAGGACAUGGAAAAUAAAAUCAGAAGUACACUGAAUGAGAUCUACUUUGGAAAAACAAAGGAUAUUGUCAACGGGCUGAGAUCUCUUGACGCUCUCCCCGACAACCACAAGUUUAAGCAGCUGCAGAGGGAGCUCUCGCAGGUGCUCACCCAGCGCCAGGUCUACAUCCAGCCUGAUAACUAAGCCGACCCAGGUCCGUGCAGACAUUUGCAGACAAAUCAAAACAAGAAGCGCUGAAGAACGACCUGGUGGAGGCUUUGAAGAGAAAGCAGCAGUGUUAAACCUCCGCUUCGCUGACCGGACACGCCAUGCACUCCUUAGAUUCCUUUCUUAGAAAACUCGUUUUCUGCUCCCUUCCCUCGGCCCUCCUCCCCUCCCCUCCCCUCCCCUUCCCCCCCCACCUCCCCUCCCCUCUCCUCCCAGACAGGUCACAUAACAACUGCAUCGUCGUCGACCGCAGCGCAGCGCCAUCCCUCCCCACAAUAAACCAUAGCCCCCCUCGGCUCCGGGCCUGCUUCCCACCACGUUUUGCUACCGACUCGGUGUCCCCAUAAAAGCCGGUGUCUGUUCGCCUGCCCGCCCCCCCCCCCCAUUUACAGGCAUAAAUAUGCCGCCAGCACCCUCCCGCCCACCUUUUUGUUACAUUGGUGUAAAAAAUGUAAAACAAAAAAAUUUUAUGAACUAA